CCAAGACCAGCCAGCCGGCUGCACAGAUCGCCGAGGGUUCAGAGGAUGAAACUCCCAACGGUAUUGCAACCAAGGCCAGCCACCAUGCUCGCGGCUUCGGCCCACAUUCAGCUCGUCGGGGUCUUGAACAUCUUCGCACACCCACAGCAGAGCGGGACCAGGUGCCAAAGAAAACCAAAGCUGUCAGAGCUGCAUCACCGACCGAGGAAGACCGAUCGCCGAAGAAGACCAGAGUCACCCGGUCGGCAGCGAAGUCGGUGGAUGAUGCACCGGCGCAGCGCACCAGGAGUAAGGCUGACACCUCGCUUGGUCCCAGAGCCAGGCAAAAGCCACAGAGGUACAUCCAGUAG